AUGGAAACACAUGAAAGCUCUGAAAUGUCUGAGCUGGGGUUGUAUAGAAGUGGGGGGGAGGGCGUAACUCUAACUGCCAGGGCAGGAGGGGAGCCGGGGCACAGAGAUAACGCUCCUGUGACUGCACCCGCCAACCCCCGCAUCAUCCGAGUCACGGUGAAAACCCCUCAGGUGAAGGAGGAGUUUGUGGUGUCGGAGAACAGCACCAUCAAGCAGUUCAAGGAGGAGAUCUCCAAGCACUUCAACUGCCAGACCAGCCAGCUGGUGUUGGUGUUUGUUGGGAGGAUUUUGAAAGACCAGGACACGCUCAGGCAGCGGGGGAUCCAGGAUGGGAUCACUGUCCACCUUGUCAUCAGGACUCAGAAGAGACCCCAGGACAAUCCGCUUCCUCACGUGUACGUGGCCAGGAACGUUGCUCCCCCCCCAGCGCCGUCCGGCAUCACCCCCGCCCACAGCAGCGCCUUCGAUCCAAGCAUGUGGGGCCUGGGUGUGAACGUCUCCAGCACGGAACUGCAGAGCCCAAUGCAGCUUCUGGCCAGCUCCGAGAUGAUGGCCCGGAAGGUGGAGAACCCGUUUAUCCAGAGCAUGCUUUCCAACCCCGACUUUAUGAGGCAGCUGAUCAUGGCCCACCCGCAGAUGCAGCAGCUAGCCCAACAAAUCCCAGAGAUCAGCCGCAUUCUCAACAAUGCAGACAUCAUGAGGGAGAUGCUGGACAUUGUUCGGAACCCAGAAAUGAUGCAGGAGAUGAGGAGUCAAGACCGAGCCUUGAGCAACCUGGAAAACAUCCCAGGCGGGGACAAUGCCCUGCGGUGCGCCUUUGCCGAGCCCCAGGAACCAGUGCUGAGUGCCGCCCAGGAGCAGUUUGGAAACCUUCCCUUUGCUAUGCUGGUGAGGAAUCCCUCCUUGGAGGGUGUGGGCGGCCAGCCGUCUUGCAUAGCUCACAGAGACCUGUUGGCUCCUCCCUCCGUCUCCCAGAGCGCCACUAGCGUCUGCACCAACAGCACCUGCGGGGACCUGGACAGUGGGGUCACCAACCCUCACGGGGGGAGCUCUUCUGUGCCCAGACUGUUCACUGCAGGGGGGAUUCAGAGCCUGGUGCAGCAGAUCACCGAGAACCCCCAGCUGAUCGUGAACCUGUGCGCGUCCUACACCAAGUGCAUGAUGCUGUCGCUGAUACAGAACGCUCAGCUGGCAGCGCAGCCCAGCUUCUCGGCCGAGAGCCCCCAGCACCAAGAAGCAGUGACCCAGCAGCUGCCCAAUGUCUUUCAGCAGAUCCAGAACCCUGAGAUGUUGGUGGCCAUGUCCAACCCGAAAGCCAUGCAAGCUUGGCUGCAGAUUGAGCAGGGGCUGCAGACCCUGGCAGCAGAGGCCCCUGUCCUUCUGCCGUGGUUUACCCUCCGCUUGUGGGGACUGGGAAAUUCUGGGAGCUCUGUAAGUGCAAAAGGCCCCAGCCCUGCACCCAGUGAAAUAUCACACCUAGCGCCGGCGGCGUCUGAGCCGGGACACCAACAUCUAAACAUGCUGCGGAUGCUGAAAGUUCUUCCUGGAACGAAUCCUCAGCACUUACAAGCACCAGAAAUCAAAUUUCAGGAAGAACUGGAGUAGCUGGAAUCAAUGGGCUCCUUGAACCGUGACGGGAAGGACAUAGCAACCGGAGAAGAUAUCAGCACAACCGUGGGAAGAUAG